CUCAUAUUGACUGUCUUUUGUUGUGAUCUGAAAGGUACCUGCGCAAGACGCACAACUUCUCGUUAUUGCUGCUCAUUCCCCUUCAUCUACAAAGGACGUCGCUACCACAGAUGUACGAGGAGAAACCAUAAACGACCAUGGUGUGCUACAACACCCAACUAUGAUCGUGAUAAGAAAUGGGGCAACUGUGCAGGUUUGUUAACUUGUGUGACUCAAUGACAAUUUGGUUGGCAAUUUGUCGAUAUUUUGAUUUUUUUCCGAUAGUGUCCACCUGCCCAGUGUGUGUUAGCUUUCUAUUUUUGUCAAUCGUUUCACCUCGUUUUUGUUUUCAUUCUUUAUUAGGACGCCGCCCAGUCAAACCAGUAAAACCUGUUAUCCGUCCUCCCAAAGGUAAGAGCAAACUAGGGAGAUACAACUGUUCUACUUUCUUACCUUGACAGCCUUUUUUCGAGCUGAGAAGGUUUUUUCGUAGCUUAUUUUUUGUGAUUUAACUUGCCAAUUUGUUUUGUAUUUUUUGCUCAUUUUUCUCAGAUUUAUUUAAAGUUCAUUUUCUCAAAUUGUGUGUAUCAAAUUGUUUUUCAUCUUUUUGCAGCUAAGGUCAUCCAAGUCACUGUAGGUUUGAAGGGUAAGGAAGUUUAUCGCUAACUCGUAAUUUAACAUCAGUAUAAAACUAGUCCCCCCUUAUCUAAUGAUACAACUAGAAGGGUUUCAACAAAGAGCAAUACGCGUUAAGAUAAUUGUUUACAAGUUAUGAACCCUCUGUUAUCACUCCGCAACCUUCGAAAAAACCAUGUUUGAAGCGUUUAAAGUAAAGUUCACUCAUUAUUUUAUCGUUCGAAAGUGGCUAACAGUGUUAACAAUGGCAGAAUUAGUAAGAAAUCUUCACUGUGUACCUAUUACCACGCUACGGGAAUGCUAACUUAUGGUAGCGUGCUGCAAGAGCCUGGGAAAUAGGUGUCAGACAUUGAACUGGUCAAAAGACAAAUCAAACCGGGCUGUUUCAAGCGAAAGUUGCUAACCAUCAUGCUUCUGACGCGCACCCCCGCAAAGGAAUUUUAAGUUGUUAAUUCAUUUGUCAAUCUUCGGCCAAUUAUAAAUGUCCUGCAUGUAAUACAUUUUCCCCUUGCAGCCUAUGGCAUCGGUUGCUAUAGAGACACAGGCCGACGAGCCAUACCAACCUUGGAACGCCGAAGUCGACUACUGAAGGGUAAUUACCGGAGAAGAGCAGGCGCUAUAAGAAAUUGCGCUUUGGCUGCGGCUCGAAGAGGUUAUAAAGUUUUUGCUAUUCAACAUGGAGGGUGGUGUGCGUCAGCAAGAUACGCCUAUCGAACGUACAGGAAAUAUGGAAAAUCUAAUCGAUGCAGAAAUGGCAAGGGAGGACCUUGGGCGAAUGACGUUUAUGUCCUUAGAGGUGAGGAAAAAAGCUGUUUGUCUGUCUGAUAGAGGCCAUUACCAUGUUUGUCGUUUCGUACUGAAGGUGAAGCCAGAAUGUUCAAGUGUAUAAUCAUCCGAAGCUACUACGUAGGGGCCCGAUCAAGAUUGAACAUUCUAGUUUUAAUUUAACAUAAAGUUUAAUGCGUUCAUACGGUCUGUCUUAAGUUUAUCAUGUAAGACGGCGUUUUGUUAAAAAAAAAAGAAAGGGCUGCUUUAAAAGCAAUACGUUUUCCUGUAUCCAUGUGGAAUUAAACCUCAGAUCUUUGGAUUCUGCACCAUAAGAGAGGUGUUGAAUUUUUUGACUUGGUAAUAAAAUGAAGAAACUUUUCGAUUUAAAUUUGUGUGCCUUUGUAUACUUUAAACUCAAGUUGUAUUCUUUUUUUUAUUGCUAGGUUCUUGUCGUGUAAAAUCAACAAAUGGAUACUGCUGCUCGUUCCCGUUCGUGUAUCGAGGCAGACGAUACACUGGAUGUACAAGAACGAACUCUAGGCGACCUUGGUGCUCCCUCACUGGAAACUACGACAAAGAUAAGCAAUAUGGAUGGUGUCCCACCCGAGGAGGUGAGACUGGAAACGAGGAAGAAAGUUAAUUUUAUACAUUUUCCAUGGAUGGUUAUCUUUUGCAUAUAUUUCUUUCACCUUUGUGUGUAAAGUUUGCCAAAGUAAGCUAAAAAAGUAAACUAAACUAAUUUUACAUGCCAUGUCCCGUGAUUGAUUGGAUGUUUCUUUAAUUUUUGGCCAGCACGUCCUGUCAAGAUAACAUCAUCGAUAUCAAGUGAGUAUGGCGGCUGAAAUAAUUAAAGAAAAAAAGACCCACGAAAAAAUACUAAAUUAGUCGACUUAAAUUCGUAAAGAGAAAUUCCGUGGACGUUUUGUAUUGUUUCAUUUUUCCCCUUUUGUAUACCAUGCUAACUUUUUUUUUCCUACCUUGAUGCAAAUGAUACUUCUAGGCCUAAAGAGUAUCAUUCAUUUGUCUAAAUUCUCUAAACGCGGAGUCAUUUGAAGAUUCAGACAUGGAGUUUUAGUUUCGCCUUCCAUCGGGCAGAACGCCUUAACUGUAAUAGAUCUGUAGUGUUAGCGGUGAUGAAUGCACCGGUUGGUUUUAUGGGGCAAAAUGAAAUUUUUGGCGUUCUCUUCAACGGAGAAUAUUGAUCAAGCUCAUUGACUUGUCGGUUGGAGUUAAAAAACAAAGGCAUUGCAAGUUAUUGUUUAUGCUAUUGUUUCGUUCUACAGAAUCAUUUAAAAAUUCAAUCUUUAAGUUUUGGUUUCGCCCUUUUAUGUACGUGUAAGCCUGUAAGUCUGUAAGCCCUUGCCUCGUUAUGGAGUACAAGUAAAGCAUCAUGAGUUGGCGUCCAUUUGGGAGUGAUUUAGUUUGGUCUACCGUUGUCUAUAGAUCAACUUCUUUUUCCUGUUACUUCUCAGUCCAAAGAAUAGGCUGCUUCAAAGAUUCCCCUCGCAGAGCCAUUCCAAUACUAGAAGGCAAAAGUAAACUUCUACAAGGCAACUACAAACGAAGGAAGAUCGCCAUUCGUAAAUGCGCCAUGGUCGCCGUAAAUCGCGGUUACAACACUUUCUCUGUGCAAGACGGUGGUCAGUGUUUCUCAGGACCGCGGGCUCAGUACACUUUUGCCAAGUAUGGGCGAUCGAACAGAUGUAGGGGUGGAAAAGGAGGACCUUGGGCCAAUGAUGUCUACAGGCUGACAGGUGCUGAGCCCACUUUGUUCAUUUUUGUUCGUUUUUGUCUGUUCUUCUGUUAAAACAGGGUUCGAAUGGGUCCAGGAAAACCUGGAAAGUCUUGGAAUUUUAUUUUGCAAUUUUCCAGGAUUGGGAAGUCUUGAAAAAAGACUACUGGUCCUAGAAAGAUUUCAAAAUUUAUGUCAUAAGAAAUGUAUUAGACCGUAAAGAGAAUUAAUUUUAGGGAUGAAAGGGUUUAAAGUGAAAUUUGAAAUCCUGGAAAAAUUCUGCUAAAGUCCUUGAAAUUUAUUUCAGAAAAAGGGUAUGAACCCCAAAUAACCUCAACCAAAUGUAGUGUUGCUUCUCUAGUUAGGAUUACAUGAGAAGCUGCUCACUACACAACCUUAUUUUCCAUUUAAUUUUUCUCCAAUGAAACACAACCUAACACAAAGCGCUUUUGAGUGUCAUCAACCUAAAUCCAAAGUAAUCACUUAGGCCAAGUAGAACUUAGGUACACAACGCAAGAAGCCAAUGCGGGUUCAGCUCUCCGUCUGACUGCUUCAGUGAGUGAUACGAAUUCUCAGGAACACUCAGUAAGCGCAGUUAAUCAAAUUUAAUGCAGUUAUGGUUUACUGUCGAUGCUAAACUUUCAAGGAAAAGUAGCGCUAGCCAAAGGAAAUGUUACUUAAAGUUGAGUCCGACAAGCGUGAACAACAUACCAUAACCGUAGAUAAUGAUCCUGAGAUAAGCUACAUAAUGUUGUAUUAAGGAAAAAGUAAUGUUUUCUUGUCUGGUGGCUAAACAAACUAGGAAUGAGGUAGCUGUUAUAUAUAAGGAAAAAUCAAUCUUAUCUCGUAGGUUUAGUGCAGUGUAUUCGACGCAAAAUAACCCCAUACUUGUAAUUUGUUAACAUAGCCUAUCUUUUUCCUGAGUUUAGGUAGAUGUCAACGUCGCACCACGUCAGGAAAAUGCUGUGUACUUCCCUUCGUUUAUCGUGGACGCCGCUACAACAACUGCGCCAGGUCAAAACGUGGAAGGCCUUGGUGUCCAACGGCAUCUAGUGUAUACAAACGAAACCAACCAUGGGGCUACUGCCGCGGUGGAAAACGUAAGUAUCAGUUGUCUACCGAAGUAGCCUACCUCUCUUCCUCUUUCCCUCUUUUUCUUCAUCUCGUUUUGCUUUUUUUUUUUCAUUUUCUCUUUCUUUUUUCCCUUUCGCUUUUUUAAGGUGCGUCUUCUUACGAUUGUUUUCUGUCGAAUAACGGUCCACUUCUCUUUCUCAGGUCAGCCAAUACGAGUGACUGUAGGGGUGCGAGGUACGUAUUCCACUUAAUUUUACUUCAAGAAUGCUAAAUUUUAAAAUGGAACGACACUUUGAAAUGCAUUUAAUGUCAGAUGCCUUUACGUGGAAGAGUCUCGAGUCUCGCUUCCCGCUUCCAACAUGUGGCUUCGUAGCUCAGUGGGCAGUAGCGUCUAAAUAAUUUCUGAAAGCCUCAGUCACAUGUAAGGAUCAUUUCUUUAUAUGCACCAUACGAUAUUCAUCAUAGAACAAUAGACAGGAGCUUCAUCCAUUGACCUAACAAAUUUUCUUGAAAUGAACAGACUUCUCUCCCGGGGAUUGCUAUGGUAUCAAGGGUUUUUUAAAAGUCCAGUUUGCUUGAUGAUAAUAUGCUGAUUCAUACCUUAUUUUAACAGUCAAGCCAAUCGGAUGCUUCAAAGACACUGGUCGCCGUGCUAUCCCAGGAGUGGACGGUCGUUACCCAAUAGUGAAAGGAUAUUAUCGAAAGAGAAAGGAAGCCAUUAAGCGUUGUGCCCUCGUUGCUCUAAGGUUUGGUUACAGAGCUUUUGCUGUUCAACAUCAGGGAUGGUGUGCUACAGGUCCAAGAGCUCAUGUAACUUACGGAAAGUAUGGACGAUCCAAUCGGUGUAGGAAUGGCAAGGGAGGACCGUGGGCUAAUGAUGUGUACAGAGUAUACGGUGAG